AUAGUUCGACGCGUACUGAAUACGGUGGGGUACGGAGCUACAUGUACUUCUGACAAACUUACAUGUUGUUAUUGAGGAGAGUUAUUCUACUGGAACGGAGAGCUAUAUGACCUGAAGGUUGCAAUGGCCUUUCAAGUCGGCCUACCUAUUUAUUGUAUUUUCAGCAUAUUGUUAUUGCAGAACGUCUCCGGCCUUGGCCAGUUCCAAGUCCGUCUGCUAGAAAUUCGAAAUAUCGAUGGAGUUAAGUUUGGCGGUUCCUGUUGCGAUGGAUCACGUUCAAUGAUUCACGGAUCGAAUCGAUGUCAACCGGACAAUUGCGACACUUUCAUUCGGAUAUGCCUUCAGCAUUAUCAAGAAAAAGUUCAGGAAAACGGGCUGUGUACCCUGGGGAAUUCCACAACCCCUGUACUCGGAGCAGACUCAUUUAUUAUCGCAGAUACAAUAAAUACUACCAGUCCUAUUCCUGGCUUUCAAAAUCCUAUCUCAAUGCAUUUCAAAUUCUGGUGGUUGGUAAAAUUCAAUCUUAUUAUUGAAGCCUGGGAUAAAGACAAUGAAACGACACCAGAACUUAUAGAACGCGAUAAACUUAAAAGCGAAAUCGUGCCUGGACUCAAAUGGCGGAGACGAACUCAUAAUGGCCAAGCAGCCACGAUAAAAUACGAAUACCGCGUCGUGUGUGACAUAAAUUACUUUGGACCAGAAUGCAAGAAGUACUGCAGGCCAAGAGAUGAUCAAUUUGGACAUUAUACUUGCAAUACUGAAGGUAUUCGCGUAUGCAUACCUGGCUGGACUGGAAUAAAGUGUGCUAAAGCAAUUUGCAAAACAGGUUGUGACGAAGAGCAUGGCUGGUGUGAGUCUCCAGGUGAAUGUGUCUGCCGAAGCGGUUGGAGAGGUCCCCUCUGCGACCAGUGUAUACCCCACCCAAAGUGUAAGCACGGCACCUGCACUGUCCCCAGGCAGUGCGAAUGUUUGGGUACAUGGGGUGGACCAUACUGCGAUAAAGAUUUGAAUAUGUGCGCCCGAGACGUUCGGUGCCAAAACCAUGGAACGUGUUACAACUCUGGUGCAGGAGAAUACUCUUGUGCUUGCACUGAUGGUUACACUGGAAAAAACUGCGAGCAAGAUAUAAACGAGUGUUUGUCCUCUCCUUGUAAAAACAACGGUACUUGUUCUGAUGGUGUGAACGACUACUCUUGUCAAUGUACGAAAGGCUGGGAAGGUCGAGUAUGUGAACGAAGCAUCGAUGACUGUAAGAUAAAUGUUUGUAAGAACGGUGCUAAAUGUUUGGACAAGUUGAACGAUUAUGAAUGUCUUUGUUCUGCUGGAUGGAAAGGACGACACUGUGAGAUAAAUAUAAAUGACUGCUCGCCAAACCCAUGCGUGCGCGCCAGGAACUGCACAGAUUUACAACAUGACUUCAGUUGUCUCUGUGAGUCAGGUUGGAAGGGGAAAACAUGCAACGAAAGUAUCGAUGAUUGUAUGGGGCAAUGUGUUAACGGAGGUCGUUGCUUCGACUUGGAAAACGAUUAUCGAUGCCAAUGCCCGGAGGGAUUCACUGGUAAAAACUGUGAAACAAACAUCGAUGAAUGCCUGAGCUCUCCUUGUCUCAAUAAUGCCAAGUGUGUGGACGGUAACCAUGGUUAUCAUUGCGUGUGCAUGACUGGUUACGAGGGCCCUCGGUGCGCAAACGCGACCGAUGAGUGUGUCUCAAAACCCUGCGUCCAUGGUCAGUGCAUUGACCUGCACAACGAUUACCAUUGCGCGUGUAACAAGACAUACUAUGGCACAAACUGUAGCAAGCAAGUAGCAUCAUCUUCAGAUCCAUGUUAUCUAAACAACCCAUGCAAGCAUGGCUCUACCUGCGUUUCCGAAGGCAACAAGACCAAGUGUGUUUGCUUACCUGGCUAUACUGGUGACCUUUGCCAGACCGACAUUGACGAUUGCAACAGCAAACCUUGUUUGAAUGCAAACGGUUGCGUGGAUCGCGUCAAUGGUUUUGAGUGUAUCUGUCGCCAAGGUUACGAGGGAUCACGAUGCGAGGUCGAUAUCGACGAGUGUGCCCGAAGCCCAUGCCAUCCGAACGCGACCUGCGAAAACCUACCUGGAACUUACCGUUGCAAAUGCCAAACUGGUUUCACUGGUUUGCAUUGUUAUCAUGAUAUUGAUUAUUGUGCCUCAGGCAACCCUUGCAAGAAUGGUGGAUUUUGCGUGGACAGUCUAACGAACUACAGUUGUCAUUGCAGCCAAGACUUCACUGGUGCCCACUGUGAGACUGCUGUCCAACGAUGCAACAGCAAUCCAUGUCAAAACUCUGGCACGUGCAAAGAUGUAUCUAAUGGUUUCGUCUGCGUCUGUCCAACUCAAUUCUCAGGCCAACGCUGUGAGAAGAGAAUUGAUCCUUGCAAAUCAAGUCCUUGCUUACACUCUGGUACAUGCAGUGCUGCGGCUAACGGAUUUCAAUGUACUUGCCCCCCGGGAUAUACCGGUCAGCUUUGCGAAGCAAGCAUAAAAUACUGUAAUCCGACUGUUUGUUUGAAUGGUGGAACCUGUGUCAAUGAUCGAUUAUCCGCGUUGUGUUAUUGUGUUCCUGGGUACGAGGGAGAUCGAUGUGAAACCAAGAUUGAUAAGUGUAAAUCGAGCCCGUGUAAAAAUAAUGCAACAUGCGUGACUGGUAUUAAUACAUUCCAAUGUCUUUGUCUGCCGGGGACCAAGGGAAAAUUCUGUGAGCAAGAAGUUAACGUGUGCUUUCUGCCAAUGUCCUCCGGUGGUAAUAAUAGGACAAAGGUACCGUCAAACGUCUGUGGUGAGCAUGGCGACUGUCAUUCCUUGCCGAGGGGGAACUUUAGUUGUUCAUGUUAUGCUGGAUAUACUGGUGCCAGAUGUCAGCAGGGUACUGACGAGUGUUCGUCCACACCUUGUAAGAAUGGAGCCACUUGUGUGGACAAACAUCUUGACUUCCAGUGUCAAUGCAAACCAGGAUGGAAGGGGAGAUUGUGUGACCAGAAAAUUGACCACUGCGCGUCCAACCCGUGCCAACACAAUGGAACGUGUGUCAGUAUUACGGAAACAUUUAUCUGUCAAUGUAAAAAUGGCUGGAAAGGACAGACCUGCAAUUCACGACUAUCUCAUUGUGGUAAAGUUAACCCAUGUAAGAACUCUGGAAAAUGUCAAGAUAUUGGAAGAACAUUUCAUUGUCUCUGCUCGGACGGUUGGCGAGGAAAAACAUGCGAAUUGCCAAUUCAGCCUUGUGACAGCAAUCCAUGUGCAAGCGGUGCGACGUGCCUAAAUACUGCAUCUAAUUUCUCAUGUGUUUGUCCCGAGAACAAGCGUGGUGAACUGUGUGAUGAAGACGUGAAGCUUUGUGAUACGACGGUUUGUUAUAACGGAGGCAGAUGCAUUGAUAUUCCUGGGUAUUUCCGUUGUGAUUGCGAAGCAGGCUUCACCGGACCUAACUGUCGUGCUGGUAUUGACGAAUGCGCAUCUUCUCCUUGUUUUGGAGGAGGUGUCUGUAAAGAUGGCGUCAAUUCUUUCACAUGUACUUGCACAAAAAAUCGAUACGGCGACUUGUGCGAAAAGAAGAGACCUGAUAAUUGUCAACGACAUCAUGUCGAAAGGGUACACGGUGGCUCGUGGUUCGAGAGUUGCAAUACGUGCACAUGUAACGAUGGUACGGUGAAGUGUACCCAGGUUGUCUGCCCACCACAGAAUUGUAUAUCGCGGGACACUAACCGCGUCCAAGGCUGCGAGGAGACUGGGUUUAGAUGUAUCGAGAGAAACGUGAGUUGCUUACGUGAGCCGUGUCCCAGGUUUGGUCAGUGCGAGGGAAACAAGGAGGCUAUAUUCAAACUGGAGUGCGACCCAGCGUCAACUAACCGUGUCACUGAGGAUUGCGCGAAAGUGCAUUUGGUGUUUGCCAAGGAAAAAUUACCAAAGGGCACCUUGCUGCCAGACUUCUGUCGUGAUCUCAGCUCUCUGAAUCUUUUCCAUCGUUACGCCAAGGAUAAAUACAUUAAGGUCGAGUGUGCAACACGAGAUGAGGAGAUAGGACGAACGAUGUCAAGGAGAGAUGCAGAGGUCACUGUGGCUGUGGCCAGCGAAGGUACCGGAGACGCCAUCAAGGCAGCGACGGAUUUAGCCAAAUAUGUGAAAUUACAGUCGGAGGGAUUCACACAAAUCAAUGACUCGAAUCAAACUAUCAUCCAAAUCAUUUUCGCCAUCACAAAGGUUACGAUUGAAAGACCUGUUGUGAUUUUGUACAGGAGGGAGAAAGAAACUACGGUUUAUCUGAUUCCAAUCAUAGCAAGCUUGGUUGUUAUCGCCGCCAUUGUUCUGCUGCUCGUCAUUUUGUGUGAAAGAAGAAGACGGCGUCGUCAGAAUGAACGAAAUCGCCGGCGAACGUACGAAGAAACGGCGAAGCUGAAGCGAAGAGACAGCGAAGACGCCGAAGUGGACACGGCAAGCGAGGCAAGCCGUGGUCUUCGCAAAGAAGGCUCAUUCACUGAACUGCGAGACAUUGAACCCGAGGAGAUCGAUGUCUCGGUAAUUGAACCCUCCGCGCGCGAAGUCCCGAGGUCUUCCAUAGAGGUAAUAUCUCCCGCGCGCACUCCACGCGAGCACGGCGCGCGCGACGAGUGGCGAAGGCGGGAAAUUUUAAAUUUACAAAGAAAAUCAUCCAAAGAGAUUGUAGUUUAAUGUAAAUAUAGCUCCAAGAGCUGUUCCUAGAUAUAUAUAAAAUAUAUAAAGUUAAUAUAAUAUAAUAUAUAUAUCUGAUGUCCAUUUCAGACCUCAAUUUAAAAUUUAAUAUAUUGUUAGCAUAUUGUAGUAUGGAUAAUUCAUUUUUUGACUGGAUAGAGAUCACGUGGUACGUCUCCUGAGUGAUGCAAAAUAAUAUUCGUGUCGAAGCAAAAAUCUCUCAGUCGUAUAUUACCAUCCAUACUUUGAACCUGGUGAAAUCAUAUUUCUUUCCAGUCAAAAUUUUAUCCACUAAAGCAUGAAGUAGGGAAAGGAUUCGACUUCGAUACUGUUAGUGAACAGUUGUAUUGUAUUGUUUAAUUUAAAACACAUAAAACCCAUCAAAUAGUUUGUGUUUCAAAAGUUAAACGGCCAUCCAGGAAUUUUGAAAGAUAUUCUCACAUAAACGUCAGCAUUCAUUCGUUAAUCAAGCUAGUUUAACUUUUUAAAUAGAAACACGAUGGUUAUUAAUUUAAAAAAUUAUCUGUAAAAUACUUGUACAUACAGUAUAUGUUAUUUAAACAAAUAUUGCCCUAGAUGUGAGUUAGAUCAGACCUUGCCUGAUCAUCCUGUAUGUUACUUGCAAUUUUCUACGAAGGUUUAAAGAUUUUCUAUAGUUAGAUUAGUUUUUUAUGAAGUUAUCACCUAAAGUUAUAUCAACCUCUGUUGAGUUAGGGAGAGCAAAGUUAUAAAAGAAUAAAAAUUCA